UCCUGAAGACAACUGCGACGGCGUCGACGACGAAUCGACAGUACCCCUUUGAAGCCAGCAAGCCAUGCAUCAUUCAUAGCCAUAGACCCUGGUGCCCGUCGCCAUAUCAUCACCACCUCGUUAUUGCGAACCAUUCCCAGCAUUCUGCUCACCCAAGCAUCAAACGCCCAACCUUGAAGACACCAUGGCUCCGCCAACGUCCAGCAAGGGCAGCAACCCGGCGCCCGACUUCAACCUGUUCAUGAACAAGAUCCAGAUGCAAGUCGAAGCCAGCAAGAACUCUCUCCAGCUCCUGCAGCAACACCGCGCCGCUGCCGCAGCCUUCACAGCCAGGAGGACUGCCACCGCCGCCGCCGCCACCCAGCAGUCAGGACCUGCAGGCAGUACCGCUGGAGGAGGCUCAUUCUCGUCUCUCCAAAAGGCCAGCACCUCAACGACUGCUGCUGCUGCCACCACCACCGUCGCACGCGGGCCGAAAUCACAACAACAGCAAGCCGACCGUCUAGCACAGCUCGCCGCCGAAGAAGCAGAGUUCGCCGACGACCGCGCGUCAGACGUCAACGCCGGUGUCGGGUUCGCGCGACCAAAGGGGUCCGGCUUGAUCCCUGGCAUGACUGGCGAUGCGGCGAGGGACAGAGAUACCAAAGCGCUACGUGGGAGGCUGCUGGGGGGCCGGAGAGAUCGCAAUGGCGCCCGAGAAGAUCCCAGUAGCGCCUACAGCCGUAGGAGGAAAUAUGGUGGCGGUGGGGACAGCAGUGAAGACGAUGAACCCGGCCGAAGCGGGCUUGGGCGAGAGAAGAAGAGGAGCCAUAGCGAGGUUGAGGCGGAGGAGGAGGACAACGGCGAAAUCAAUCCAGUCAAAACCGGGGAGCUUUCUGGAUCAUCUGGCAACGCUGCGGAGGCCGACGUUCUCACGGGCAGAGAGGCGACCGGCGUGUUAUCAGGUCUAGAUGAAGGGCCGAGGGGAGACGUCCUAGCAUCACCGGAUGGUCAGGGACAGGCAAAAAGCGACAAGUCAGGGAAAGCCGAGUCGUCCACUAGCUCAGCAAACAGGGAAACCAAGGGAAAAAAGAAGAAGAGGAGGAAGAACGGCAAGCGAGAGACUGCCGCAUAAAAUGAUGAGGUCUGCAGGUAUGGGUAACAAUAAUCUCACAGGAAGCUGCCAAAUGCAACACAGGACGUGUCCGCCAAAACCCUGAACGAGUUGCCUCGGGAAACUGCACCAAGGCACAGGUAGAGCAUCGGACACAUUGCUUUUGUCGUAAUUGCGGUAAAACCUCGAAUUCAGAUCGGGCGUGCUACUCUUCAGCUAGUACUGAUAACCUUCUCCUGGAAGGUCAAGACCACAUGCCCCCCUGCUAGAUCCCGUCCCUUUCACCGAUUAUAUGCUUUUACAUCGAGUAUCGCCAUAGCCAAG